GAAUCCACGAAGUAAAUUUCUGCCUUUUCUUGGAAGAACAAAAAGGCGGCACUCAAAUCUCUCAAUAGUGGGAAUUCCCGUCGGAAAGCAGGGAGGUAAUGAUUCUGGAAGGGCUUCCGCUUGGAAGAAGGGCAUUGAUCUCAUAAACGCGACCACGGAUUGACGCCCUGACGGUAGCUCUCAAGUCGUCGUAGGUUGGGGGUUUAACGAGGUUUCGCGUGCUGACGAAUGGGACUCAUGGCGAUGGCGGUGCAAAGUGCGAGCUUCUGCUCUUUCAGCACCAGACCGCCAGUGGCAGCUUCAGCCUGGAGCGAAUGGAGGGGUGUGCCCUUGCGCAGGGAAAUCAUUGGGUUAGUGAAAUUCGGAAUCGGAAAGAAAACUCUGCAGGUCGUUAGUAGAAGAGGUGGUGGCGGUGGCAGAGGAGGGCCUGCAAAACCUCGGAAUGUUAGCCCCCGCGGUCGCUCUGUGCAACAGCAGCAGCAGGAAGCUCUACCGAAGUCGUUAAUUGCUAAGAAAACUAGACAAGAAGAAGAAGACGAAGAGGAUGCUCUAGCUGAAGCUGCGCUAGAAGCGCUGUUUGCGCAAUUGGAGAAGGACUUGGAAGAUGGCGCAAUGUCAGAAGACGAUGAUGAUGAUGAAGACUUCACUGAAGAGGAGGUUAUUGCUCUUGAGGAUGAGCUAGAAGCUGCUCUGCUGGGUCUCGAUUAUGAGCAGCAGACUGUCAUCGACUCGGAGGCAGGCAAAAGUGAAGUAGGUCCAUCACAAAGCAAGCGGUUGGCAAAGGAGGACGCUGAAUUAAUUUUGGAUGAUGAAGAGGAGGACGAGGAAGAGCAGAGGGUUGUGAGCUUGGAAACGUGGCAGCUCAAAAAGCUAGCUGCCGCUGCGGAGAUAGGCCGUCGAAACAUAAAUGUGAAAGCUCUAGCUGCGGAGGUUGGUAUGGAUAGGUCCGACGUUCUCGCUUGGUUGAAGAACCCACCACCGGAACUUCUGAUGCUUGGUGCAACAAUGGGGCUCGAAGAAGAUUCGAAGGACGCCGAUCAAGUCAACGAAGAGUCUGAAGAUGCUGCUUCAAGGACUCCUGCAAAGAUUUCUACUUCAACAAACAAGCAAAUACCAGAGAGUCAGGGAUUCGCUCCCGAAACAUGGUACAAUCAAAAGAGAUUAAAGAAGGAACACGUAGCGACGUUUGAGCGAGUAUUUCGUCGCACGAAACGACCCACGAAUGCCAUGAUUCAAAAUUUGGUCGAGCUAACGCAUGUCCCUAGGAAGCGGAUUGUUGAGUGGUUUGACCAUAAAAGGCAGGAAUUAGAUCCCUCCCAACGAUUGGAACCGCUGAGAUGACGAGAUAAGAAGGUAUGGAAAAUCUACUUAUAGAUCCCGGAAUGAAGAAAGUGAGCCGGAGCUUGAUCUCCAAUAAUAUCUCGCUUCUAAGAAUUACCGUGAAUGGAUGCACGGAAUUUAUGAACGACGUACUUGGAAACCAUACCAUCUCCGCUUUCCGAAGUGCCUCUAGAAAGUGGUUGAUAAGAACCGGGAUGAAGAAGAGGUUAAUUGUUUCUCUUGAAAACUAGGUCAGCCCUACCCCAACAAAUUGUUGGGGUGCUUACAUUUGCCGCAGAGGAUUUCAAGGACUGCUAAAGCUUUAGAAUAAGAAGAGUUAUAAGUAUGCAAUUCUUCAGUUUUGUAGUUUAUAAUGUAGAUUAUUCCUCUUAGAUUCUGGAUUCCACCUAGUCUUGGAACUGUAAAUUAUGGAGAAGACGAGGAAGUAAAAUGAUGCAAAUGAACAGAUCGAUGGAACUGCACACGAUCUCAUGAAGAUUUUCUUAGUGAUAGUGGAUCAUUAGGCACGUAGUAGGUAAUUCUGCGUCCAUGCUCACCCCUUCUAUUUCUGGGUGCCAUCAAGCUGGCCCGUUUCUCUUCCAUCGUCAAUAAGAUGGUUAAAAGAUUAUAUUG